AUGACUGAAUCUCCCCUCCCCACACUCAAUGUUUUGUGUUCCAUUACAGGAAUCUGGAAAGUUUUUUCAGAAGAUCGUUGUGUUUACCAACCAGAGACGAUAAGAGUGUCUGAAGGUGGAUCUGUCACCAUCCCCUGUACAUAUAGUUCCAGCAAGUAUGAAUAUGAAACUGUUAAGUAUAGUUUUAGUUGGGGAGAAUCAUCAAAUACAUAUUGCAGUAAUAACAAAACAAUCUACAUAGCCAAUGAGACAUCCACACACAAUAAAUAUCAAGGAAGGCUCUUCAGGAACUCUGAUGGAAACUCAGAGUCACUCACAAUCCAUGGACUUAGGAGAACAGAUGGUCCUGUGAUCUGCUGUGUCAUCAUUCAAACAAGAGUGAGGCAUGCACCUUAUACUUGGAGAAAUUUGUAUGGGACGUCUUUAUUAUUUACAGGUAAAAUGUAAUUUAUUAAGGAAAAAAGUAGCAAAUGUUAAUGCUGUAGAAAAACACAUUUUCACUGUGCGAUACUUAAAACCAAAAAUGGUUAAAAUGAGAAGAAACAACUUUUUUUAUUUUAUAAUUUUUUUUUUUGUUUUUAAGCCUUUUACCGUGUGUAAUUUUAAUGGGGAUUUAAAAAAUAUUUAAUAAAACAAUAUAAAAAAGAAUUAGAAGUUAUAUUAAGAAAUACAGAGAUAGUUAUAGCUCCAUGCUUGCACAAAUAGGAGAAACCAGCCUUUUAAUCUGACUAUUUUACAACUUUAGCUACAAUAUAUGAAACCCAUUGAUUUUACCUAGAAAGCUAAUUUUAGUUUUGAUAAUGAAUGUAUCUCCUGAUACUUAGUUUUUUUAUAAAAGUGAAUUAAAGAUUGAAUAGAAUAACUCAGGUCUAAAGAGUGUCACAUAAUGCAGAGUGUAGGAGUAUUACACCAAAGAGACCCAAUGAGCUAUGGUAAAACCAAGAAGAAUUAUAUGUUUAGUUUAAGUUUAUAAGUUAUGCUUCUUGAAGUUAAUUCAUGGAAGGGGUAGGUGAAUUAGUGCAAGAUAGACAAAGGUAAUAAGUUAGAAGAGUUUAGGAUUAGUGAGGAAUGGGUGGAAGGGGGAGACAUGUAGGGCGGGAUUGGUAGGCGACACAGGAGGGGAUAUGAAAGAGAUGCAAGGAUGUGUGGGGGGUGAGGAAUGUGAAGACCAGGACGGACAAAAAACAUUCUGAAUAACACAUGUGCAACACACAAAUACAAAGUAUACAUAAUAUAAUUAGAUACACACUCCUUGAUACAAUGUUAAAAAAAUGGAUCAAGUCAUUGGCACUAAAUUUGUUAAAGGCAAAUAGAAUGGUCCCUUUAAAUUUUAAAAUUCCAGUUGGGUUUCCAGGAGAUGAGACCUAACCUUUAAAUAUAGAAAUGCCUUCACCACUGCCCUUAUUGGUGUUAGUUCCUGUUUUCACAUAGCUCACAAUUGGGUGAUCUUGGUCGUUUUUGAAUGCUGCACCCUUUUAUUACAUUUACUGAUUUGGUAUUGAAGACCUUCUUUUAUACAAAUAAUUUCAGCAUUUUGGUACAUUAUCUGCUUUACUUUUUUCCUAGGCUUGGUGGUAUUCUUUUUCAUUUACCUUUACUAAAUUCAUUUGUGAGUUUAAUGGGAUACUCUAAGCACCAACUAUAGCUUAACCCCUUAAGGACCAAACUUCUGGAAUAAAAGGGAAUCAUGACAUGUCACACAUGUCAUGUGUCCUUAAGGGGUUAAAGAAAGUGAUUUACCUGCUAAAUAGCAGAGAAUUGUGUAGUGGCAUGAUCUAUGCACCAAAACUACUCCAUUAAGCUAAAGUUGUUUGGUGCCAAUAGCGUCUCUUUAAUAAGAGUUAUUGAUUUUAGUAUAGGUAAUGAGAGUUAUAUAUAGAGUGCAAUGAGAUUAUAAUAUAGAUCACAAUGAAAUUUAGUACAUAAUUUUAGAAAAAGAAAAAACACACAGCUAACUCUGCUUUGCUAUACCAUUAGGCACUUAAGAGAGAACCACCGGUUGGAUGUACCAAUGUUAUGGAAUACCCAUGUUCAGGUUAGUGGGUAUAACCCAAUGGAACAUGUACUAAUCUCCAUCUGGUCUCCUCAAGAGGGUCUUGUAUUGCCAGGUCUUAUGAAAUGAGCCAGUGGUUUUGAGAAAAUACAAACCUGGAUGGCAUCUAGGUGAUGAUGGGUUACAGAAGAAACAAAUGUCCCAAAACAAAAAUUGGACAAUUCGGUUACUGAGUUUCUUUCUCUUUGUUCUACAGAUGAGCUGUGGGUGGAUCAGUUACAUGCCAUUCCAGCAAUUCUAGGAGAAAACAUUACCAUUCCUUGUUAUAUUCAUUACGCACCGUGGACUAGAAUGCGUGUACAUCAAGUGAUCUGGAGAAAGGCAGCAAAUUGUUUUGCUUUAAAUCAUACAGACAUUCACACAAUGAAUAUAUCAGACUCAACAAAUCAACAAUUUCCUUUGGUGAACUAUGCUAGUGAUCUCUCUCUGCGUAUACAUAACAUCCAGAAAGAAGAUGAGAAUUUUUACUGCUGCAUAGCAAGAACAACACAAGGAACAUUCAGCAUGAAACAAGGCACUGAGUUGGUGAUUAAAGGUAAUCAUUUUCUGUACUAUGAGCUUACAAAAAUUGUUUGAGAAGAACAAACCAAAAGUGUGCAAAAAUAUGCUUUUUUGUAUUUGGUGUUAACAAUACAUUCACCUGUAUGUCCAAAUAGCAACUAUAUAUAUAUAUAGAUCAAAAUGCUGAUUGUCAUAUAGCACUAAAUGUAUGUAACACUCAUAACAAUUAUAUACAUAAUAUGUAAAUUUAAGUUAAAUGGAGGAGCAAUAAUAGCGCUCACAAAGAAUAAGGCAAAAGAAAAAAGAAAAAUAAAGACUAUACUUCUAUAAAUAAAUGAUAGUGCGAGACACUUGAGAGAAGUUGAGCCCAAACACAACUCUAUAUAAAGUGCACAGGUAUAAUGAAUCCCCGGGGCUGGAUCACCAGCCGACCACAUCCCUGUAAGUUGAUGGAAAACAAGAAUUGUAGUGACCAGCAGAGAAGUCUCAGAACUCAAUGAGGUGAAGGCCGUACAAUUUAUUCCAGAGAAGUUAGAGCUUACAUAUUUAUAUAGUGCAGUAUACAAAAGUAGAGUAAUAGGCAAUACUUGUUUCAGCCAUCAAAACUAAAGUCCUCCCAGCUAAUUAUCGGAGGCUAUGCCCACUCCUCAUCCUCAAAAUCGCAAACACACAUAUUUAAAUAAUAUUUGUGUAAUUGAUACUAAAACAGUUAUUAUUAAAAUAUAUACCCUUCCUUACUUAUCUGCACUGUAUUGUGCCUGUGAUUUAUUAUUCUCUUUCACAUGCUCACUAGUAUCCUAAAAAUACAAGACCUGUCAUUAUUAAUAUUAUUAGUAUUAAUAUGUACAAAGUGCCAACAAGUUCCGUUGCGCUGUACAAUGGGUAGACUAACAGACAAGUAUUUGUAACCAGACGAGUUGCAUGCACAGCAACAGAGGGAUUGAGUGCCCUGUUCAAUGAGCUUACAUGCUAGAGGGAGUGGGGAGUAGUGACACAUACGGUAAGGGUAGGGUAGAAAAGUAGGUUGCUAGUAUAGUAUUCAUUGAGGGCUUAGUGUUUUAAUGACAGCUGCAGGAGAGGAAUCAGGGUGCGGGGAGAGAAAGCUAUUCGCAAUUUAAUUGAUAUGCUUUCCUAAAGAAGUAUGUUUUCAAAGAUUUUUUUGAAGGAGUGGAGUGAAGGUCUAACAGUGGAGUGAAAGUCGAACAGAGAGAGGGAGGGCAUUCCAUAGGAAUGGUGCAGCCCUAGUCUUUAAGGCAAGCAUCAGAGGUAAGGUACUAACUUAUGUAAUGGAUAGGAUAUUUGGGAUUCUGCUGAUGUACCUUAAUCCUUUGUUGCUUAAUCUGGAAUGCUGAAAUAGAAUGUCUUAACAUUGAAGACCAAUCUGUAGAGUAUGCAGUCUCUGAACAAGCCUUCUGACAAUAGGAUAACCAAACAUCUCUGAUGUGGAGCCCUAUACCUGGCUCCUGGUGUGUAGGUGUCUGUGCCUUUAAGGGGGCAACUACCCUUCUUUAAGCAGCAACAAUGGAGGGUGGAUUCCAAAUAUAAAACAAAAUUUAUUAAAUAAAGUAGUAAAAACUUACAAGUAAAAUAUAAACAAAAUUGUGAGAAAUUAUAAAAUGUGGAAUCUUCAAUCCUCCAGCCGAAACAUGUUUCACUGUACCCAGACAGCUUUUCAGAGACUGCAUACUCUACAGAUUGGUCUUCAAUGUUAAGACAUUCUAUUUCAGCAUUCCAGAUUAAGCAACAAAGGAUUAAGGUACAUCAGCAGAAUCCCAAAUAUCCUAUCCAUUACAUUGUUCUGCUAUAAGGUUAUUAGCUGGGAAAUAACCUUGGGAAGCUGUGUACUUUUCAGUUAAGUUGUUGUGUUUUAUCACUUUUCUCACGGGUGUCCGUGUUUUUGUUUGUUUAAGGUACUAACUUAACCUUAACCCUUAACCUAACUCUACUCUAACCCUACAUAACCCUAUCCCUAACCCUAACCUAACCUUAACCUAACUCUACCCUAACCCUAACCUAACCCUAACCCUAAACCUAACUCUAAUCCUACCCUAUCCCUAACCCUACUAAUAUACCUAACCCUACCACUAACCUAACCCUACCCCUAACCCUUCUCCAUAAGCCUAACCCUUCCCCUACCCCAAACCCUACCCCAACACUAACCCUACUCCAUAACCCUACCCUAACCAUAUUCCUAACCUAACCCUACCCUAACCUAACUCUACCCCAACCCUAACCUAACCCUAACUCUACUCCAUAACCCUACCCUAACUCUAACCAUACUUUAUAACCCUACCCCAACCCUAUACCUAACCCUAAAGCUAACCCUAACCUACCCUUACCCCAUAACCCUACCCUAAGUAAGAGAUGGAUGCUUACGAAUAUCCAAAUUCUUGAAAUCCUGAAUUGCUGAAGUCCUGAAUUUAGAAAGUGCCGAACUGAACCAAAGUGCUGAAGUCCCACAGUUCCAAAUUGGCGAAGUCCCAAAUUUCAGGCGUGCCGAACCAAACUGAAGUGACAAAGUCCUGAAUUCUCGAAUUCCCAAAUUGCCGAAGCGCCAAAACGAACCAAUUUUUUUGCCCGUGCACAUGUCAAACAAUCAGAGACAUGAGUCAAAAUCCUUAGAGAACACCAACAGAGAAGAAUUGGGGAGAAGAAGCAGAGCCAGAGAAAGAAACACUAAAAUAAUGUUUGGAUAGGUGGGAAGAGCACCUAGACCAAGAUUACGGAGGAGAAGAAGAGUAGUGGCCAUGGGAUUUUCAGUGAUAAGAUCAUUGAAAACUUUGGUCACAGCUAAUUCAACAGAGUGAUGAGCACUGAAUACAAAUUGAAGCAGGUCAAGCAGAGAGUUGGAUUCGAGGAAGUCUGUCAAUCUCGCGUACUCUCUCAAGAAUCUUGAAAGCAAAUGGCAGUAAACGGCAGUAGUGAGAUAGAGCGGUAAUUGAAUGGGGAAUUAGGGUCAAGGUUGGGAUUUUUCAGAAUUGGGGUAACGGUUGCAUUUUUGAAGGGUAGAGGAAAUGUGCAGGAGGAGAGGGAGAGAUUGAAAAGUUUAGUGAUAUGCAUAUCAAGAGGAGAAGACAAAGUGCGGAUAAGAUAUAAAGGAAUAGGAUCGAGGGAACAGGUGGUUGGACAGGAGGAACGGAGCAGAGAAGAAAGCUCUUCUGCUGUAGCACAUGCAAAUGAGCAUAGGACAGCUGAGGGAGUGUGGUUAGGGGAAAAGUUGGAAGGGGAUGGAGAGAGAUGAUAGAUCUCUUCCCUAAUUGUAUUGACUGAGAUCUUCUCAGUGAAGUGAGUUGCAAAGUUUAUGGUGGUUAAGUUGGUAGGAAGAGGAGGCACAACAGGGCGAAGACAAGAGUUAAAAGCAUUUGGGCUCACGGGAGAGUGUUGUUAUGAGUGAACUGAAGUAGUUUUCUUUUGAAGAGGAAAGAGCCAGCAUAAAUUUAUAGUGGAGGAAGUCAAAUGCAAAGUGAGACUUUCUCCAGCAGUGUUCAGCAGUUCUGGAACAUUUUUAGACGUACCGGGUCAGGUUGGUGGGCCAGGGUUGUAAUACUAUCACAUGCAUUACUCACUGAGUGCACCCUUGUGUGUUCCUGUUGAGUUGACUUGUAUAUUUUUAGUUUUGAAAGGGUGCACUUAUUAGGGUGCUAUGCUGCUUCUUACUUUUUCCCUUAGUUUAGAGCACCUUGCUUACACAUAAAUUUGAAUUUUUGACAUCUCUCCUAACCCUAGGCAACUACCCUGUCUCAUUUAAUCUCCCAUUGUAACACCUCCCUCACUUCACUGUCUCAUUUAAUCUCUUAUUGGAAACACUCUGUCAUGCAAUUCUAACAAUCUCAUUUCUAUUAACCCUUUCUUUUCUUGUCCUCUCUGGAAAGCUCUCUCUGUGUGUAACAAACUCACAGCCGGCCGCAACCUGUUUAUUUCAACUUUUUUGCCAUAACCACAGAUAUCUUCUUCUGACACUGCUUCCAUUGCUGCUCUCAUUGUGGCCUCUGCUGUAGUCAUACCCUAAAACCAGGUGAGAAACAUGGCAGCAGUGUUAGGAUAUUGCAACUGCUUGGCUAUCUCACUUUCUAUCUCAAAAUGGACCAUCACUAAUUCUUGAUGAUUUCAACAUUAUUAAUAACCCAUGUGCUCUUGCUGCCUCUACUCUUCUUUCACUCACAUCCUUUUUUGGUCUCUCUCAAUCAACCCUAUUCCAUAUUCACCAUGAGACACCUGGUAUUUUCCUACCUCUGCUCUAUAUUUGACUUUACCUGUCACCCUUUUCUCAAUUCAGACCACCACAUUCUUUAAUAUAAACUCAAUGUAUCGACUAAACCCAUUUCUUCUCCAUCUCUCCCCUACAUCUGUAGGAAUCUGCACACUGUACAUCCUAUUUAAUUAUCCAAACGUGUUCAACAUCUCCUCCCUCAACCUUCUACUAUGACCUGUGCUAGUUUUGCUAAAGCCUACUACAACAACACACUCUCCUUAACCCCAACUACAGCUUACAGCCCUGGCACUCUAACAACUAUGCUAAUUGCAAAGUUUCUCACACAGUGCUGAGCGUGUCUAGAUGAUAUCUCACUCUGAAGCUGAUUUCAUCCAUUAUUAAUUAUUUGCUUUUGUGCAACCCUUCACUUAGCCAAGUACUGAUAAUUGUCUUCUGUUAUAUCUACUCUUCCCUCCAAUCCUAAAUGGCUUUACUCUACUUUCAACACUCUCCUUAACCAAACUGUUUCACCCCUCCAAAUUAUCCAAAGCAAAAUCUAAACACAAACUUGCAAAGUUCUGUUUCCAACUCCAUUAACAUCCACUGUGACUCUUUGCUUCAUUCCCCCAGCCACAGAGGAUGACGUUUAUUCUCUACUGACUUUUUCCCACCUCACUAACCGCCCGCUUGAUAUUAUCCCUUUACAUCAUAUACCCUCUCUGUCUUCCACUCUAACUCCUGCUCUUACGAAUAUCUUUAACCUAUCUCCUUCCACUGGUUCAUACCCAUCCUCUUUCAGACAUGCAAGGGUAACAACCAUGCUCAAGAAACCCUCCAUUGAACCUAAUUUUCCUGCAAACUAACACCCUAUAUGCCUCUGCCAGGCUAGUCGACUUUACCUGUUGUUCUAUAUGUGCUUGACCCCCAUGACGGUCUCUUAGCAUUGACUCCUGUUAUGAAUAUAGCAAGCAUAUAUGUUUAUAUAAACUAAACUUAUCAUUGACAACUGACCAACAAAGUUCAUAAUAAUGCCGCUUCACACUACCUAUCCUCAUUAAUAAACAAAUAUUCUCCAGUCCACCCCAUAAUGACCAACAUUGAGCGGCACCUUUAAUUUUCUAUUAUGAUCUUGUCACGAUUCGGGGAACCCAACACGCUGGCACACACACACACACACAGAAAAGGGGCUGUACCGCACCUUAGAGUGGCCGGGCUAAGCACAAACAGAAUAGUCAGGAGACAAGCCAAGUAAGGGGAACCAGAAGACAGAAUAACGUGAAGCGAGCCGAGGUCAAAGGGUAGGAGAAAGUCACAGAGUCAGAUAAACAAGCCAGAGAAUACGUAACCAGAACCACAAGGUAAGUAGCAAUACUAGAAAGCAAAGACCACAACAGGGCAGGGAGGAACAGGAAAGGUAAGUAUUUAAACCAUAAGGUUAAUUCUGAUUGGAUAAUUUCCAAUCAGAAUUAACAAUCACACGUGGGAGAUAUCUAAACCUCCCACUGUGAUUGAGACACUGUGCCUUUAACGCCGGGUCAGGUGGCUGACCCCGGCGUGUAAUAACUUGGGCGGUCUCCCAGCGUGCAGCGUCAUGUAUGCUGCCGCUGGGGGACGUGGAGGAAACAGCGGGCGGCAUCCGAGGCUGGAAGGAUGCCGCUCGCCAAGCCCACGAGGAGGGGGGUCCGCGGACGGCUGGAGGGUGAGUACCGCGAGCGGAGUGCAGCCUCCCCUCGCAGCCGCCCGCGGGAUCCCGACAGAUCUCUUCUCAUGCUAAAAUGAAGGAAUUCUCUCACGUGGCACCAUCCAUCUGGAACGUAUUUCCCUGAGCUGUCAAACUUUCCACUAGUUUGUCUUCUUGAAGACAUUUUUGUUCAGGGAAGCCUACCACUCAACUCAGAAACACUUUUUACUUAUCUACAAAUUGGUCUGAGCUUACUCUGUAUUUACAUCAUUUUCACCUUUGCAGUCUUGUUGCCUACCCAUCUAGAUUGUAAGUACCCACUGGAUGCGUUGCCACUGCAUUAGGGUCCUCUACUCCUCCUGUAUUUGUUUGUUAAAUUUUGCAUUGUCUCACAUAUUUUGUACAUUUGCCUUUUUACUUGUACCAAUGAAUUUGUUGGUAAUUUAUAAAAAUAAAAAAAAGUAUAACAAUAUAGUCUUUUUUUCCCCUGCUAUUUCUUUUUCACUAUUUUGGUCACUUCCCACUUGAUAUGUGAAGAAAAUCAUAAUUUUAUGAUAGUCCCACAUCUAUCAAUCAUCAUCAUAAAUCAAAACAGCUACUGUGCAUUUGCUUUGUUUCAUAUUUCAGCUACAUUUUGGCUCAGAGUUUGUGAAUUUACCAAAUUAGAGAGCUAUUUACUAAAUAUCUGAAAGUUAUUGAAUAGCUAACUCUCCAACUUUCUGAGUUAUUACAAAUUCCACAUAAGGAUACCAAAUUGGGGAGCCAUCUACUUAACAACAGCCUAGCUGAAUAGUCCCAAGUUUUCUAAAACGAAUGGAUCCAAAAUGAUAUGUUUUGAUUUGAUCCUAACUUGUUUAUUUUUUUAUUUUUUUUAUUUCGUCUUCCAUCAAUUCAGAAAUUUGCAUGAUUCUGAAUUGCCAAAUUCAGAUAAAUUUGGACAAAAUUAGAUUUGGAACUAAACAUAUUGCACAUGUCUAGUCUAAUAUAAAAUGGGAAUGGUAUGGCACAAAAGUGUAAUGCUUUUAACAUUGUUGUAGCUUACAUUAUAAAGGUAAUUCACUACAAUAAAAGAUCUGCAAUUGAUCACGGAACUUGUACUCUACAUUUUCACUGUCAAACUAUUACAUUUACACAGAGCGUUGCACAUGUACCUUAAGUCUUUCCUGUGUUCUAAUUUAUAGUUUGCAAAAAAGAAAGAAAAUAUCACACCUUAUAUCUACCCCUAUUUUUACCACAGUGAGUUAUUUUAUUCCUAUUUAAAAAAUCCACUUGAUCGGUAGCCCAUGGAGCAACGCAGUAUGGGGAGUGGGCCUUGACAGAGCCAGGGAGUGGGCAUGGGCUUAAGUUUGUGGGAAGGGUUUUGGGAGUGAUGUUUUGGGGGGUGGAGAGUAGGGAUAUAUAGAGCGGCCAUAUUAGAAUAGGGGCCAUUUUAACUGGAGCCUCUCUUACCUGUAGAUUGUUGCAGGCCAGAGAGGUUCCCCCCUUUUUUCUUUGUUUCCCUGCAGGUCGAUGGCGGCGUUGGAGGAGCUUCUGGAGGGAGUGCGGGCGGCCGUGAGGGACCGUGGCCUCGAAUGGCUACAUCAGCAGCUGGGGGCCGCCGGGCCUUCCGCAUCGGUACCGGCGCGACGACCGACCAGGAGGACGAGGCCGCCGCAGCGGCUGAGCCCGGGUGCUGGGCCCGCGGCGAGACGCCGUCGAAGCCCUUCUGAGGGAGGAGGAACGUCCGCGGGGGCAGGAGAGGUCCCGGUCGUGGAGCCGGGAAGGAGCACGGCUCGGGCCGGCAGGCGCGGCUGCGGUCUGGCGAGGACGGCCGUAAAGCACCCGGCGGCUGGACGACGCACGUCGCGUGGGUCGGCGGCAGGCAGGGGAGAUGGAGCGGUGGCUGCCAAUUCGGCGGCUGGGUCGGCGGCCAGGACGGAGGACGGUCACGUGGGCGGGAUCACAGAGCUGGAACGUCCCGGUGAGUCAGCCACCAGUGGCACCGCUGUGGGGCAGGAGAAUGUGGUUAUGGGGAGUGUGGAGACAAGAGCAGCCCCCCAUGGGUCUGGGGGAGGCUGGGGCGGCGAGGUCAGCGCAGGGACGGCCCAGGCAGGGGUCAGGAGGGAGGAUGUCGGUGGUGGCUUUAGUGCGCAGGAGACGGCUGGAUCAGGGCGCACGGCGAUCAGCCAGGGACAGGAUUCUUUAACGGGAAGGACGGCUAGAGGGAAGCCAGGCGCAACAGCAGUGGGAGACAGACGUAGACCCACCCUGGAGGGAGGUGACAGGGGUGGUGGCAGCAGGCGGGAGGGUCCUUCUGGCUGCUCCCAGGGUCAGCAUAUGGACGGAGAGGACGCAAGGAGUGAGAGGAGAACGGAACGGCGCAGCAUGAGCGCCAGGCGCAGCAGCACGAGGAGCAGAGCAGGGAGUCGAGGAAGCGGGGAGAGGUCACCAGUGCGGAGCAGAUGCAGCGCAGCUAGGUCCUGUUGCAGGGAAGGCUGUGGGAGGUCCCUGUCUAGGGAUAGAAGGCAGAGGAGUCGACGUAGCACGUCUGAUUCACCAGACAGGAGAGUACAGGUUCACUCAAGGGGAGCGGAUUACAGGGGGAGUCGUUCUGCAAGGCAGCUGGAACGUGGGGAGGAAGGGCGGGUAGACCCUACGCUGAACAGACUACCCAGGUUUUCUUCUCCCUGCAGGUCACGGAGCAAUACCCCUACGGUCUCGAGGCGGGACCAGGCGGAUGGGAGUCGGCGACAACACGACACUCCGGCUCCCGGAAUGGUGGGCGGAAGGACGACGCCCCUGCGGUCAGCUGCGGCCAGGGGCUUGAGCGGUGAGUCAACACAUGCACGACACUCUGGACAGUUGUUGAAUGAUUUGAAAGUAUUUUUAGACGCUUGGUCGGACAAGGGCGGGUCCCCCUCGGAAUUCGGGCGGGUAUGGUCACAGGAAGGUAGUCGGGACGCGGCGGUGGAGCACGCGGGGGCGGUACCGGCGGGGACACAUGGAGGCGAGGCCGGCGACGCGACGGGGUCGGCGGGGUUGACCGAUGGUGGGGGGGAACCCACGGAAGGGGGUAGCGAUGUCCCGGAUGCGGCGCGGCAAAACGUGCACGUGUCCUUUGCGGGCCCCCUGGGGUGCCACUUAAAAACAGAAGUAAAGGAUAAGAUUUGGAAAGGUGAGUUCGUGGAAAUCUUUUCCCUUCUUCCCCUCGAGGAAUUCUUGGACUUGAAAGAGGAGGAUAAAAAGGACGCCAAGAAAGAGGAGGAGGAAAAAAGGCGGAGGUAUCGCAAGAUACCGAAAACUUUUGGGAAUUGGCUACGGGCUUUCUGUAUUCUGGCUAGCGUGAUAGGGGAAAAGAACCCGGGGCGUUGCUCGAACUUUUUUGCUACUUGGAUGGGAUAGGCGAUGCAUAUCGAACAUACGGGGGAUUGGCGUGGUGGAGGUAUGACGAGCAAUUUCGACAACGGCUAGCGGUGAACACGAGCAUGCGGUGGGAUCAAAUGGAUCUGCCGUUAUGGAUGCGCCUUAUGAUGGCUCAAAAGGCGGCGCCCUUUCUUGGGACAGCCGGCACGGCCGCAGGGGGUGCUGUGUCGGCUGGGCAAAAGAAAGGCUUCUGCUGGAUGUACAACGAGGGACACUGCAAGUGGGGGAAUUCCUGCAGGUUCAGACACGAAUGUUCCGGCUGCGGGGGGGCGCAUGGCGCCAGCCGGUGCUUCAAGAAAGGUAAGCUUGGAGGGGGAGGGGGGUCCGGAGGGGCAGCGCCCCCUGCUGUUACCGCUGGGGGCGUCCCCAGUGAAAGUAGACGUGAUGUUGCCUUGGCUAAGGCAGUACGCCAAUAGGGCGGAUGCGGCCUUGUUGUGGCAGGGAUUUCGAGAAGGGUUUGUUAUUCCCUUCGUGGUUAGGGGACCGGGAACGAUGUGUGGUAAUCUCAAGUCAGUUCGGGAGCACCCGGGGGUAGCGCGGGAGAAGUUGAGCAAGGAAGUGCAGCUGGGGAGAAUGGCGGGCCCAUUCUUGGAGCCGCCGUUGGUCGACCUACGGAUAUCCCCACUCGGCGUGGUUCCCAAGAAGGAAGCGGGUAAGUUCAGGUUGAUACAUCAUUUAUCGUACCCAAAAGGGGCGUCGGUAAAUGAUGACAUUGACGCGGCCCUCAGCUCCGUCUCUUAUACGUCAUUCGACAAGGCUGUCGAGUUGGUACGGAGAAUGGGGCGAGGGGCGCUGAUGGCGAAAGUGGAUGUGGAGGCAGCCUUUCGGCUGCUCCCUAUACACCCCAAAUGCCAUCAUUUGCUCGGGUGCUAUCUUGAUGGGGGUUAUUUCGUGGAUCUGUGUUUACCAAUGGGCUGUUCCAUAUCGUGCGCUUAUUUUGAGAAAUUUAGCACGUUUUUGGAAUGGGUGGUGCGGAAGGAAUCGGCAGGGGGUGCGGUGGUGCACUAUCUUGACGACUUCCUCUGUGUCGGCCCGCAGGGAACGGGCCGGUGUAGACAGGUGUUGGAAGUGUUUCACUGGGUUGCACACUCUUUCGGGGUUCCCUUGGCGGGAGACAAGACGGUUGGGCCCACAACGUGCCUUAGUUUUUUGGGGUUGGAAAUCGAUUCCGUGAGAGGCGAAUGUCGGUUACCUUCAGACAAACUAGUGGAUCUGAGGGAGCGGGUGGCCACGGUAGGGAGGGCUAAGAAGGUGACGCUGCGGGGGCUUCAAUCAUUGGUGGGGAGCCUGAACUUCGCGUGCCGGGUGAUACCAAUGGGGAGGGUUUUCUGCAGGCGACUGGCACGUGCGACAAGUGGGGUGCGUUGGCCAUCGCACUACGUUAGGGUCUCAGCGGAUAUGAAGGCGGACUUAAGGGUGUGGGACCAGUUCCUACAGGAUUUUAAUGGUAAGGUGUUCUUUAGGGACCCGGCGGCGGCAACAGAGGUGGGGCUGUACACUGAUGCUUCGGGCAGUGUCGGUUUUGGGGCUUAUCUUGCGGGUAAUUGGUGCGCUGAGGAGUGGCCUGCAGCGUGGAAAGAAAGCCCGCUAAUAAGGAAUUUGGCGUUUUUGGAAUUAUUUCCGGUCGUGGUUGCGAUGGGCUUAUGGGGGCCAGCGUUGGCAAACAGGCACAUCGUGUUCCACUCGGAUAACAUGUCUGUGGUGCAGGCGAUAAACAGUUUGUCUGCGUCUUCCCCCCCGGUCUUGUGUUUGUUGCGGCGGUUUGUACUUCUUUGCAUGUCCUUCAAUGUGGUGUUUAGGGCUAAGCACAUCCCUGGUAUGUUGAAUGUGGUGGCUGAUGCGCUUUCUCGUUUUCAGUGGGAACGAUUCCGGGAAGCGGCGCCAGACGCCCAGGAGAUGGGGCAAGCAUGCCCGGACGAGAUGUGGCGGCUCGGGACGUCAUGCUUGGGGAGUACAUAAGGAACUCAUUGGCGCCAAGCACGUGGUCGUCGUAUGUUAAGGUUUGGAAGGAAUGGGAGGAGACAGUUCAACAGGUAGGAGGCGUUUUUUCGGAGGGGCAGCGGGGGGACGUGCUGCUAUGGUUGCUGUGUCGCCUGUUCUCAAGACAGGCUUCGCCGGCCAUGGUGGACAGGUAUAUGUCUGCCCUGGCCUUUUUAUUUAAGUUCAAUGGUUGGGAGGACAUUACUAAGAAUUUCAUGAUACGUCAGGCGAUACGAGGUUUUCGGAAGGGUAAGAAGUUUGGGGACACGAGAAGACCGGUGUCGUUCUCGGUGUUGCAAGGGUUGUUAGGAGCGUUGGCUGGGUUGUGUCAUUCCCCUUUUGAGGUGGCGCUAUUUUCGGGAGCGUUUGUAUGGGCGUUCUUCGGAGCCUUCCGGAUUGGCGAGCUGGUGAGCCCCAACAGGAAAGGGGCCGGCGGAUUGCUGCUCGACGACGUGGACUUAUGUAACGACAGGGUGCGGAUCAGGUUGCGCCGCUCUAAAACAGACGUGUUUGGUAAAGGGUGCUCUGUGGUGUUGUACGAGUUACCGGGUUCAAGGGCGUGCCCGGUGGCUUGCGGGGCGCGGUACUUGGAUGUCCGUCCCGGGCUGGCUGGUAGUUUUUUCCUGCAUGCAGAUGGGACGGCGCUGUCCCGCUUCCAAUUUCUGCGGGUUUUUCGAGCGGGUUUACAGAGGCUGGGCUUGGAGCCCAAGCAAUUUGGGACGCACUCGUUCCGCAUAGGCGCAGCGACGGAGGCAGCACGCCUUGGUUUGGGGGACGAGCGGAUUAAGCGGAUCGGGAGGUGGGAAUCCAUGCGGUUCCGCACGUAUGUGAGGCCUGACAGGCUGGUGUAAGUAAGCGUUGGGUAGGAAAUUGAGAAAGGGGGGGGGGCAUUUGUCUCCUCGCAACUAAUUUUAUUUCCUUUCAGGUUUGAAAGUUUGGUUGAUGGGACACUCGUAUGUGUACUGGGCGCAGAAGAGAGCCGCAGUUCGAAGAUGCGGAACGCAGCUGGGUUUUCCUCUGGAACGAGUGGAAUUAUCAUGGCUUGAUUUGAGGGGCGCUAGCUGGCAGGGUCUCUGCAGCGCGUUAUUUAAAAAGUUGUCGGGGGGGGCGGUCCCAGACGUGGUACUGGUCCACGGAGGUGGGAACGACCUGGGCUUGCUUCCUCAAAGGUUACUGGUUCGAAAAAUGAAGAGGGAUAUGGAUCGGCUGAGGGAGCUGGUUCCUGGCGUGGUCGUAGUUUGGUCUGAGAUGGUGCCUCGCUUUACGUGGAAACACGCCAGGGAUCCAGCUGCAAUAGCUCGAUCUAGGGGUAAGGUCAACAAAAUUAUGUCAGUCUUUAUUAGACGGUCCGGGGGCGUGGUGGUGAGGCAUAGGGAAUUAGAGGGUAUGCUGCCGGGAUAUUUUAGGAGGGAUGGUAUUCACCUAUCGGAUGUGGGGAAUGAUUUGCUGAACCUAGGUUUUCAGGAUGGUAUAGCACAGGCCCUGUUUAGAUAUGGUGGGGGUCGCACAUUAGCUUAAGGGGGUCAAGCCAUGUGCUGUGGCGGAACAGGGCGGUGUAUAUAUUGGAACUUGCGUGGAAUUGGAAAUGGACAGGCCGAGGUUUAGGCCGGAUGGAGUUAAGGAUUGGUUGGUUCUAGCUCUUUGGUGGCUACGAACCUGGGGGUGUAAGGGUGUCCGAGGUAUACCCCUACAGUUAACUGGACGAUAUGGGGCCUCUUUGGUAGGCCGUGUGUUUCAAGUUAUAUGUUAUUUGUUGUUAUUUAUUGUUUAAUUGCUAGGGUCAUUGUCAGGGGUACUGUGUGGGGGUAUAGUAACAUAAUGUCUAGUAGGACAAUGACCCUAGAUUAUGUUAAUUUAUUAUAAUUAAUUAAUAAAGCUGUGGACUUUAUACUCCAACAGAAUUAUCGGUUUUAUUUAAGCGUAAGGGGUAGCACAUGCCGAAUAACGACUGUGCAAAUGUCAGGUAGCCCAUGGAGCAACGCAGUAUGGGGAGUGGGCCUUGACAGAGCCAGGGAGUGGGCAUGGGCUUAAGUUUGUGGGAAGGGUUUUGGGAGUGAUGUUUUGGGGGGUGGAGAGUAGGGAUAUAUAGAGCGGCCAUAUUAGAAUAGGGGCCAUUUUAACUGGAGCCUCUCUUACCUGUAGAUUGUCCCACCCACCCUCCCUAGUUCGCAGUUCCGCUUGGUCACAGCGGCGGAACAGGGCGGUGUAUAUAUUGGAACUUGCGUGGAAUUGGAAAUGGACAGGCCGAGGUUUAGGCCGGAUGGAGUUAAGGAUUGGUUGGUUCUAGCUCUUUGGUGGCUACGAACCUGGGGGUGUAGGGGUGUCCGAGGUAUACCCCUACAGUUAACUGGACGAUAUGGGGCCUCUUUGGUAGGCCGUGUGUUUCAAGUUAUAUGUUAUUUGUUGUUAUUUAUUGUUUAAUUGCUAGGGUCAUUGUCAGGGGUACUGUGUGGGGGUAUAGUAACAUAAUGUCUAGUAGGACAAUGGCCCUAGAUUAUGUUAAUUUAUUAUAAUUAAUUAAUAAAGCUGUGGACUUUAUACUCCAACAGAAUUAUCGGUGUCAGUGUUUUAUUUAAGCGUAAGGGGUAGCACAUGCCGAAUAACGACUGUGCAAAUGUCAUGUGGUUUCCCUUUCACUGAGAUUUAUUUGCAUUGCAUAUAGCCACAAAGAAAGUUAAUAGACAGCAUAAUAUGACUUUUAUAUAAAAUACACAUCCCUUUUCAAAAGUACUCUUUCAAUAUAUACAUAGAAACAUAGAAUAGCAGGUAAGAACCAUUCGGCCCAUCUAGUCUGCCAAAUACAUUCCAAAAUGUAUCUGUAUCGCGAACCAUGCAAAUUAUUCACUGGCUGAGCAUGUUUGUUUUGAUUUGUAUUUCUGAAUUCUUCACAAAAGUUGAUUGAUGGGGAAAAAAGAUGAUUGAUGGAUAAGGUACAGCGACCAAUUGAGAAAAAGGAUUACAAAAAGAGGAACAGUAACAUAACAAAUUAAUCUGUAUAAAGUUUGGUUAAUUUUUCUCACCUGGUCCAUGAACCAAAUGGCAGGAAAAUGAUCCUAUCAGUGUACUUUCCUUUAUUGUUUUAUCUCAAACAGCGUUACAUUACUGCGUUUUUAAAAGUUGGGUCAACAAUUCUUUCUUGUUACUUUUCUCAAUACCCUAAAUAAUUUAUUAAAAUAUAAUACUAUGUAUAUAUUUUCCAGUUCACUGAAUGGACCAUUGUGGCGCCCUUUUGGGUAACGUGAUUCAUUUUCGGAAUCAGGUUUUUAUUACUGAAAAAUUCUGCCAACACAAUCCGCAAUAUCGUAAAAUUCGUCAAUCUAAAAAAAUCUUGUAUUGAGUAUUAACGGUUUUAUUUUCAUGUCUUUCUCAAUAUGAAAUUUAGUCCAUAGUUAGUGCCUCGCUUAUCCUCAUUUAUACUCUAGGAAUGAUUGCCUGCGUGUUGAGGAACACAUUUGAGCAUUGCCCGAUUGUUCCAUUCAUCUGAACACUUUGUCCUGAAAUUUAAAUUUUGCUCUGGGUAUUACAGUUCAGUAUGGCUGAACAUCAUCCGUGUGAAAAAAUUCAUGGAAAAAUGUAGGUAUGCCAAAAUAGCCAAAGUAUAAACAGUUUUUUAUUUUCAUGUCUUUUUCCAAAAUGAAUUUUAGUCUAUAGUGUCUCAAUCACCCUCAUUUAUACUCUAGGAAUGAUUAGCAGUGUGUAGUGAACAAAUUUGCUCAUUGUGAAACAAUUCAUGGAAAAAUGUAGGCAUACCAAAAUAGCAAAAAACAAAAAAUAAAAUAAAAAAAAUGCCUGUUAAAGCAAUGCAAAAAUAGCUUUAAUAUCAGGCAUUUUUGAUAUACCAGUUAUAAUGUCAGCAUUAGAUUACUAAUAUACACUAGUGGCUUCACUUGGGGAGACCUUUUGGAAAAUACCAAAAAGUAGCUAAAAUAAAAAAUAAAUGAUAAAGCAUGUUUUGUAACUUCUCAAUUUCUGUUAACAUCGAGUAAAGAAACCUCUUCACCGCAAAUACAGUCUUAUUACUGCAUCCGAUGGAGCAAACCAAUUAUUUCCGAUCAUUCAGUGUUGAAACAUGAAACUAGGAUUGUAUGAUUGUAUCUAUCAAUUGUCUUUUAUUCCUUGGUUGCAGUUUUGACUAACAAUUUUUUUAAUAGCAUUCAUGUUUCUUCUAUCAAAUAUUUUUUAUUACAUUUUACAAAUAUAAUAUACAAUUAACAAGGGUAAAAAAAAAAAUACACAAAAAAGAAAAAGCAUAGAACCUCCAAUCCAAUAGCAAUGACUCCUGUUAUGACUAUAGCAAGCAUAUUUGUUUAUAUAAACUAAACCAUCAGUAUAUCACAUAGUUAGCAUAGAGUAAGCAUGUUGUCAGGACUUACCUUCACUCCAUCGCUGCUUCGGUGGCACUCCCGAGUCUCGGCCAUCCUAACGAGAAUAUGUGCGAACACCAGGGCGGACUCCAGUGAGACGUGCGCUAUCGGUCCAUGCCGGAAGGGCAGUCUUAGGCGGCGCAGAUGGAAUCAGUAUGAAUUAUCUCCCAUGGCAACCCUAAAUGACAGAAAGCCUCAUAUACCAAUAGGGUGCUAUGGGAGCAUGUCUGAGUAGGUGCAUGUUAAAUUUGGUACCAUAUUUAAACCUUGAACAGUUGAGCUGUCAUUGCUCAGUUAUUCUGUGCUCCAUCCCUGCUAUACCUGGGAUUCCCGAUAUUUCCCGACCACUGGCCUGUUUUACCAUUGCUGAACCUUUGCUGCCUGGAUUGACUACUAGACUUCCUGACUUCACUCUUGCCUUGACGUUGCUGGAUUUGUUUGCCCUGGCUUUUUGUUUAUUUUUAUUUUGCUAGUACAAGUGGCACUUUGGGAUUAAUAUCACCUAACCUGACACGUGUAUUAUAACAUAUCCGUUGCUAGACAUGGUAGCCCUUAAUAAUAAAUAAUUACAUAAUAUAACAACACUCAAUGGCUAUCAUUACCUCUGAAUAGAGAUACAAUUGGAAAUAACCUGAAUAAAGAUACAAUUGGAAAUAACCUGAAUUAAAGAGCAUAUGACUUGCAAAUUAUUAUUAUUUAUAGAGCGCCCACAAAUUCCGCAGCACUAUACAAUGGGUGGAAAUCUCAUCUUCCCAUAUAUUCCAACAGAUUUUUAGCUGGUCAUUUACCGGUGACUGUUUUCUAAGUGCUAGCUCAUUUCUUAUUUCCCAGUACUAAAUUUAUCACCUCUUCAAUGGAAGUACUCUUCCAGUAUUUGGGAACACAUGAGCUUACAGCAACAUGGAUAUGCCCCACCAUAAUUUUAACCACCUUGGACAUAUUGUUCAGGAAUGUUUUAAAAAGACAUAGUUCUGGUGACAAUUCCAUUAUUGACUGAUCUAUUCCCUUUAGUAUAUUAUGAAUAUCUUUCCAAAAUCUUUGUAUUUUUGGACAUGACCAAAAGAUAUGGCACUAUGAGCCAACUAGGCUAGCAAUUGCUAGAGAUGUUGAGAUUCAUUUAUUCAGUCUAGAAGGGGUGUGGUACCACCAAUAUAUAAUUGUUUAAUGAUUGAGUAAUCCCUUGUAAGUUCAACAAACAGCCACACCAUUCUUUCCGGUCAUUUGAAGUAUCAAUACUCUUUCCAAGGCUUGGAUGAAAUCCAUUUUGAUUGUAAGUUUUGGAAACUCAGAUUGAGAACAAAUGAGAUGGAUCUUUAACUCCCUGGAUCACAGAGAUAUAUAUUUUCUAAAUGUGUAAUUUCCAAUUGUACAAUCCAGUUAGUACAAUCCAGUUAGUCGAUCAUGAAGAAUUCCUGUAGUGUGGAAAAGAUAAUGUCAAACUCCCCAGCAGAAGAAACGUCUAAGUGAUAUUUUUUUAUUCAGCCACAGUUUUUCAAAGGUAAUUUAAAAAAUAAAUAAAUAAAGGAACAAAAUCAGUGGGUAAUUUACUAGCCACUCACCACUUCCACCAAGAGAAAAAUAAAAUGUUUCCAUACAUCCCAUCUGUCCUGUUAAUGACCGUGUUUUCAGUGUGUCAAAAACUGUCCUCUAUCGACUUCUCACAACUGGUGGGGAUGGUUGCAGUCACACUGACUUAGCCAGGCAGGGAAAAACCAAACAACUGCAAUGAAAGGCACUUGAAAAAAAGUUAUACUGACCAGCACCAAGCACCAUAUUUUAGAAUUAUUUGUAGGAUUUUUUUUGUCUUUUCUUUUCUUAUCUUUUUUUUUUUAAUUAAUGGAUAAUGAAGUUCCCGUAUAACCUGUCUCUGAUGACUAUUGGCACUAUUCUCACCACCGCUUGCUUUGCCUAUUAGAGUUGGAAGUAAUAACGUAGAAUAUAUCAUUGGCGGUAGCUCGUUGCGAAGAAUCAGGUACAAUAUUAGUGGACUUGCUGCUUGCCCUAGUAAUUUCAUGCUCUGCUUCUUCCCUCAGUAAUACAGAUUUGUAGUGUCUUUGCAGAUAUUGAUUCAGACUGGCAGUAGUGAUUUGUGUUUUACUCAGUUUCUUGCUGCACAAUUUGCAUAUAUAUAUAUAUAUAUAUAUAUAUAUAUAUAUAUAUAUAUAUAAUAUGUAUAUGUGUUUAAUGUGUAUGUAAAAAAUUAUACAAAAUAACUGAAAUGUCUACUAGUAAUAGCCCUGAAAUUGUCACUUGGACAAAGGGUAGUUAAAUAGGUUAUCUGUUGCUGCUACUCAAGAAGGAAGGUUGCGUAGCCGACUCGGAGAUCCAUGCUGUCGACAACCAUAUACUGCUGCCUGCGUUCAGGAGACAAGACGCCGCCAGUCCUGAUAGCAUGUGUGUUCGUAUAUGCGAAUGGCGGCCACCCAGGGAAGCACUUGAGGUGAUUGCUAGUGUGUGGUAAACAGCCAGGCCUGGUCGGUGAGUACGAGGUGCUAAAAAGGAGGACCACACAUAAUCUGUUCAGUUACCGAACAUAAGGGAACGGAUAGCCGAACACAAGGUAACAAUUAUCAGGUAGUGAUUCCAUUCAAAUGCAGGGGGAUAUCAAACGAAACAAAGUACAAAUAAGGGAAAGCGUACGAGGAGUCCCAUCUCCCAUAACAGAUAAUAAUGCACAAAAUGUCUCUAAAAUGUUUGAUGAUCUGGCCACAAACAGUAUCAAGUGUAAGGUCCAGUGGGUUCCUAUACAAAUAUAGUGGUGAGCCCUCCUUCCAAAUAGGCGCCAAGUUGUCUCUGUCUCCCUCCAGAGUGUGAAAAGUGUAAAAACCAAGUAUGAACACAAACUUUGGCCAGGGUUUGUGAUGAAGUGGCUAUGAAAAAUGACUGGACAUACCCUAUUUUGAUUACCCCGGGCUUUCUACUUUUUCCAUUAUGGUAGGAUAACAAAGGAUUACUUCUCAUUCCUGGGCAGCCAUACGAUUUCAAAUGCAGCAUAGACCCAGCAAGCCAAUCUGGCAAAUUUCAAUGUGUAAAAACUUAAAUGAAGUUCUGUAUUUAAACCAUUUUAACUUUCCAAAACAUCAUGACACCUUUACAUGGAGAGCAUCAUUGUGCUUGUGGGACAUCACAUCAUACAAAUAUGUGCGUUUUAUUGCAGUAAAAGCUAGAAGUAUUAUGACAUUCACAAUUAAAAAAGCAAUAUUAAAUUGUUCUCAAUAUAUAAAUAUCUGAUUAAUGAAAGCUCAAUGUCUCCUUAACAAAAACGAGAUGUAAUAAGUGUGGGUGCACUUAAUAUGAAUGAAUUAUGGUUAAACAGACAUAUAGCUAACAUUCUAGGCUUUUGUUUUGGUUCAGGAUGUUUACGAUUGCCUUCAUGCUUUUGACACUGUUGCACAUAGAAGGCUUAUCAAUAAAAUGCAAUCUUUAAGUUUGGAUUCCAAUAUUGUUGAAUGGGUAAGGCAGUGGCUGAGUGACAGGCAACAGAGGGUUGUAGUUAAUGGAAUAUAUUCGAAGCUUGGACUUGUCACCAGUGGGGUACCUCAGGGAUCUGUACUUGGACCCAUUCUCUUUAAUAUUUUUAUUAGUGAUAUUGCAGAAGGUCUUGAUGGUAAGGUAUGUCUUUUUGCUGAUGAUACUAAGAUAUGUAACAGGGUUGAUGUUCCAGGAGGGAUAAGCCAAAUGACAAAUGAUUUAGGUAAACUAGAAAAAUGGUCAGAAUUGUGGCAACUGACAUUUAAUGUGGAUAAGUGCAAGAUAAUGCAUCUUGGACGUAAAAACCCAAGGGCAGAGUACAGAAUAUUUGAUAGAGUCCUAACCUCAACAUAUGAGGAAAGGGAUUUAGGGGUGAUUAUUUCUGAUGACUUAAAGGUAGGCAGACAAUGUAAUAGAGCAGCAGGAAAUGCUAGCAGAAUGCUUGGUUGUAUAGGGAGAGGUAUUAGCAGUAGAAAGAGGGAAGUGCUCAUGCCAUUGUACAGAACACUGGUGAGACCUCACUUGGAGUAUUGUACACAGUACUGGAGACCGUAUCUUCAGAAGGAUAUUGAUACCUUAGAGAGGGUUCAGAGAAGGGCUACUAAACUGGUUCAUGGAUUGCGGGAUAAAACUUACCAGGAAAGGUUAAAGGAUCUUAACAUGUAUAGCUUGGAGGAAAGACGAGACAGGGGGGAUAUGAUAGAAAUAUUUAAAUAUAUAAAGGGAAUCAACACAGUAAAGGAGGAGACUAUAUUUAAAAGAAGAAAAACUACCACAACAAGAGGACAUAGUCUUAAAUUAGAGGGACAAAGGUUUAAAAUAAUAUCAGGAAGUAUUACUUUACUGAGAGGGUAGUGGAUGCAUGGAAUAGCUUUCCAGCUGAAGUGGUAGAGGUUAACACAGUAAAGGAGUUUAAGCAUGCGUGGGAUAGGCAUAAGGCUAUCCUAACUAUAAGAUAAGACUAGGGACUAAUGAAAGUAUUUAGAAAAUUGGGCAGACUAGAUGGGCCGAAUGGUUCUUAUCUGCCGUCACAUUCUAUGUUUCUAUGUUUCUAUGCUUAAGGGGUUAACUACAUGUGGCAUAAGGUAAAAAAAGAAAAACUGAAGAAAAAGAUAAAAGGACAGUGCUGCUUUAAAAAGUGUUCAACCUAUAGUGAUAUGGUCAGUGACAAAGGACAAUGUGAAUACUCAAUGAAGUCUUGACUUUUUUGUAAGGUCUGUUAUGGAGAAAAAGAAGGCUAGAGGAUCCAUGAUACAGGAAACCAAAAAGUCACACCAGCUGUUAAGUAAUUCUAUUUUUAAUAGGGUAUGACUGCAUUUCACUAUUUUUAAUUUCCAUCAGAUUGACUGGCUUUUCUGGCAUUUUCAUUGUUUAUUAUUUUUUAUUUUUAUUUUUUUUAUUGAGGCAGUUGCAUAAGAUAUAAAAUACAAAGAGCAUAGAGUUAUGGUGGUUUAACAAGUGUAUAGAUCGUCAAACGUACAUAGAUUAAAACUCUAUAAAUAAAAAAAAACAAGUAUAUCAUAAAACAAAGAAAUACAUGCUCUGGUAACCAGGGCCUCAGCAUUUGUCUGUUAAAAUUUAAUUGCAAGUGAGUUGCCACUAUUGGAGAGCUAACAGCUAAGGUCAUACAAGUUUGGCAAUGGGCUGUUAUCCUUCUCCUAAAGGAAAUAUUAGACUAAACUAUAGAUGAGCCUGUGUACUAAUAUAUGCUUGUAGAGCUCUCUAUCUAGAUCCAUUAAGGACCUGCUGGGAGUAAUUUAAACUUAUGAGCAUGCCUGAGGCAUGAUGAUUUGUGUACAAGAGUGAUAGUAGUAACCCCGUAACUCAAGGGGGUGGGGAGGGGUGAGCGGGAGGGAGGUGAUGUUACAUAGUUACAUAGCUGAAAAGAGACUUGCGUCCAAUCAAGUUCAGCCUUCCUCACAUAUUUUUUUGCUGUUGAUCCAAAAGAAGGCAAAAAACCUAGUCUGAAGCGCUUCCAAUUUUGCAACAAACUAGGAAAAAAUGUCUUCUUGACCCCAAAAUAGCAGUCAGAUGUCUCCUUGGAUCAAGCAGCUAUUACCCCACUAAUUAGAAAUUAUAUCCCUGUGUGUUAUGCUUUUGCAAGUAUUUAUACAAUUGCAGUUUAACUAUCUGUAUAGACUCUGAUAAAACCACCUCUUCAGGCAGAGAAUUCCAUAUUUCUUACUGUAUAUCUAUAUAUGGGCCGAUAUGCUUACAAACAGUGCCCAAUGAACAUAGAAUUGGGCUAUAGGUGGGUUAGAACAUAGACAAAAAAAUUAUAUAGCCCUGCAGAGCUCAAUGAACUUUCGUUUUAAGUAUAGCAUUGAGCUAUCCACUGUUAUCAAAGACGAAAAUUAAAUGCAAACAGAAAGACAAAGAAAAACAAAAAAAAGCAACAUUAAUAAAGCUGUAGGUCUUUCAUUCCCCUUUCACUCCUGCCAUUGGUUGCUCAGCCUGGAGCAGUGGAGCUGCUUGGUGUGAAGACCGCUAUGUUGUCCAUAUUCUAACUGUGUGUACAUCUAUCGGUGGACUGGCCCAAUUCUGGCAUAGUGAGUCCCAGUGAUUGCAGGAAUGUAUUUGCAUUCGCCAUUGAGGUCAGUCUGUUUCUCCUGCCCUGCUUAUCCCCAAUAAGGGCUCAUGGGUUCCCCCACUUCUAUGGGACAGCUGCUACUCUCACCUGAGUGGUCACUUCCCUCAAGGAAGCCCUCCAUUGUAGUGUCGGUCGACUAAGGUUGUGGUAAAAACUUAGUGAGUGUUGUUCAAACAUACAUGGCGCUUGUCCCUUGACUGCUGCCAUAAGUUCUUCUUUGUUGGCCCUUGAUCGAAAUCAGUACAAAUCUAAAGAAUUAAACUCUAAGGUUGUUUUGGCUCCUUCAGAUCUAUAGAUCCUCUAUGUACCUUUUGUACUCUUAUAGUUUGAAUUUAUAUUUGCAGACACUGUAUCCACUCCUGGAUUGAAAGUCACUCAGCCAGAAUAUUCCAUGAUACAUAAAGGAGGCUCAGCCACCAUCAACUGCUCAUUCAACAUCCCCCAGGAUAGGCAUAUCCUGUAUAUCAGUGUUUAUUGGAGAGUGGACAGCCUCCAAGGGAUGUAUGCCAUUCAUCCAUCUGAAGAUAUGAUUGACCCCAGAUACAGGGGAAGGACAACGCUGAAUGGGAAGGUGGAUCUCCAUAUAUCAAAUGUACAGAGUGAGGACAGCACCCUGUAUUACUGUAUUGUGAUGCUUACAUUGUGUGCAAAGCCUCAUAUAUACAAAUCCGUGAUUGAGCAUGGACAAGGAACCAGGCUGACAGUGUCAGGUAAAAUCAGCACCCACACAAGCAUUGACUGUGUUGUAAUAUUCAUCAUAUAAGAGUCAAAUCUAUUGAUCAAUCUAUAUUCUUACUCUAUAUUCUCUUCUUUUCUACAAAUAUAAUAAUAUUUUUUUCACCAAAAUCCACUAUUGGAAAGUUUCUGACUAUGAAACCCACGUGCAAAACAUUUGUAGUAAUGCAGGUAUUUCCUCUAGGAUUUGGCUUACUCCCAUCCUGCGUUCUUUAGGGUUGAUUCAACUUUAAUCAAGAAUUAAGAACAGAUUAUCACAUACUUAGAUUUCUUUGCUUAUAUAAGUGAAGCUACUUGGAAGCUGUGAUGAAUCCAGGUGUUCUGUUUAUGAAAUACGUUUUGCCACCAUGGUAACAGUAGAGGUCCUCUGUAAGCAGAUGAUAGUCCUGAAUGAUAAAAGUUCUAUGUGCAAGUCCUGUUAAAAAGUACAUCAGCUUCCUUCAUAACCUAAUUAUAUGCUUUAUUCCUCUGUGAUUCUUCCUUAGAUUUGUCUAACAACCUUUCUGAGUCUCAAACAGAAAUUAAUUCAGUACAGACUCUUCAUAUCAUCCUGACAAUUCGAUUAAUUGUGUUUGGCAUCAUUAUUGUGUGUGGGAUUCUAGGAUAUAGACAUGUCAGAAGUAAGUGUAUAUUCCUUGUAAAUAAUUAUACUGUGCUUGAAAUCUAUGAUCUUUAAUUAAACACUGUAUCUUUCUAUCUUUCUAUACAACUAUUAACGUCAACUAUUUUAAAAUAAAUCUUCAUUCUUAUGUUGUUUUGUUCAAUAAUAAAAAUCCAUACAUCUAAAAAUUUCAACUAUGACAACAAUCUGACAAAUUAAUCUUUAUUAUUCCCUUUCACAAAAAAAUAUAAUCAAUGUACCUGCAAUAGGUCACCUAGUUCAACUGACAAAAAUCUGAAGAAUUAAUCUUAUUAUUCCCUUUCCCAAAAAAAUAUAAUCAAUUUACCUGCAAUAGGUCACCUAGUUCUGCACCAAAUUAAAGAGACACCAUAGUCACCUGAACAACUUUAGCUUAAUGAAGCAGUUUUGGUGUAUAAAACAUGCCCCUGCAGCCUCACUGCUCAAUCCUCUGCCAUUUAGGAGUUAAAUUCCUUUGUUUAUGAAUCCUAGUCACACCUCCCUGCAUGUGACUUGCACAGCCUUCCAUAAACACUUCCUGUAAAGAGAGCCCUAUUUAGGCUUUCCUUAUUGCAAGUUCUCUUUAAUUAAGAUUUUCUUAUCCCCUGCUAUGUUAAUAGCUUGCUAGACCCUGCAAGAGCCUCCUGUAUGUGAUUAACGUUCAAUUUAGAGAUUGAUAUUUAAGGUAAAUAACAUCUGUUUGAAAGUGAAACCAGUUUUUUUUUUUUUUAUGCCGGCUCUGUCAAUCAUAGCCAGGGAGGUGUGGCUAGGGCUGCAUAAACAGAAACAAAGUGAUUUAACUCCUAAAUGACAGUGAAUUGAGCAGGGAAAUUGCAGGGGAAUGAUCUAUACACCAAAACUGCUUUAUUUAGCUAAAGUAAUUUAGGUGAUUAUAGUGUUCCUUUAAAAUACCUGUAAAUAAAUUCCUUUUCUCAAAAGGCUAUGAGCAAAUUAGUUUAGUUGAGUGUGAAUUCAGUGUCCAUAUCAGCUCCUUACUUAUGUACAAAAUAACAAACAUUGUAACAAAAAUACAAAAUCCUUAAAAUGUGUUUGGUUCCUUCCAUUGUGAACGCCACCUUUCAAUGAUUUUCUUUUAUGUCUAAAAGUUAUGUUACAACCUUUUCAUGGGGUAUGAUACUUUACAAAGAUCUUACAUCACUAAUAACUAGUAUAAAACGUCUAUGCUGUCUCUUCUAAUAUAAGCAAAACAUGAAUAGUGCCUUUUAAAUAUCAAUCAGUGAACUAUGGUCUGUAGUACUUAUUUAAUUCCAAUAUGCCAGUCUCUAUAAUUGUUGACUGUAAGAGCCCGUACACAAAUAUUUACCUGUAUUCUUUUAAUUGUCUUUUUGUUUUCUUUUCCCAUAAGAGCUAAUUAUAAGUUGAUGAAGAUGGAUGAUAUGAAACAAAACCAAAAUAUAUGAGAACAUUAUCUUAAUCUACAUUACACACAAAGGUACGGGGGUGAUAGGCAAGCAAUUCAAGGAUUACAUCUGUUUUAUGGACUUCAGAGUUCAGUUUGAUGAUACCAAGGUAGCCAUUGACAAUAACAAAUGGUUUACCAACAUAACACCAACCCUCACUUGGAAUCAACUAAAUUCAGCAGAAGCUAAACAGGUGUAACCAGAUAUUCUCUACAAAGUUGACCAGUGGUGACCAGAGUUAAUGGAACAAGUCCACAAAAACUACAUUACUUUAUAUUGACUGCAUCAUAGUCCUGAUCACUGAAUCAACACUGUUUAAAUAUUGUGCUUACUAUAUUGUGGGUUUAUACAUAAUUAAUAUAAGAAGACCAUUACAUUGUCCAAAGGAAACCUAAUAGUCUCCUUUGGUUUUUAGUUAUGAGAUAUCCCACUGCCUUGCUUGUCUGGUAGAACAGGAAUCUAAUCCCAUGAUUUAAAUGGGAAAUACCUGUUCUCAUCUAUUUGUUAUACUUUAUAGAGAUGUUAUAUUUAUAUUUAUGUCUAUACAUAAAACAGUAUGUUUUGUCUUCUGGUAAUUUGUUUUCUUUAUUGUAACAUUUUAGAGCAGUGGUUUGAAAACCAUGGCCUACCGACAAUCCAGGAUUUAUGUAUGUCCCUGUUUCAUUCCCAUGGAGAUUCGGACAAAACCUGGUCUGUUGGUGGGUCUUGAGUAAUGGUUUGGGAAACACUGUUCUAGAGCAUUUACUUGCAUUUAUUAUUUGUCUGUUUUCAUAAUUUGUUAUGCUGUUUAAAUAAGUGGAAAAUAUCUGGAUCCACAAUCAAAGAAUCAACUUGGGUGUAUUAACAUUCUGAAAACAAUGCAUUGC